AUGUCUACUCCGGGCACCGGAUGGGGUUCGGGACCCAAUCAGUACCACGAGAGCGCUCAAGAGAUUGAGCGCAUCCAACGGCGGGCGCAGAUCCGCCGCAACCUCAAGAGCGAGUUCAACCGUAUCUAUUAUAACCCAUACAAAGCGGCCGCACACGUCGAGAUGGUGGGACACACACCCCCGACACCCCUCCCUCACCCCACAACCACCCCAUCCCUCUCGUAUCUCCAGUACACCACCCGUUUCAGUGAUUAUCACACGAUUAAGAGUCUUUUAGAUCCAGCGGUGCAACGGUUUAUGGCGAUGAGAGCGACGUAUUGGCAGUACUGGAAGCCCUCGUGGCGUAGUUUUGCCAACUUCUUCGUGGCCUCGUUUCUGCCCAUCUGGGGCUGGGGUUACUUCAUUAACUACAAACGGAGGGAGUUCGACGCCAAGUGCCGCACCGGAGAGAUACGAGUCCAUCAGAGACAGGUUCGGGCCGUAUGAGUGCCGCCCCCACCGCCCGUUGCUGUCACUCAUUGGCAAUGGUUUUUGUGUUGCGGUGGUGUUAGAGACAUGUCUUAUAUAUUAGCAAUUUAUCAAUUAAAUAGAUAGCGAUUUAAUUUUGUUUGUAAUUAGUUUUAAUUAAAAUUUAAAAUAAACAUUUAUUGUGAAUUAAACCGAAA